AGCGGGGCGCGGUCGCUGUCACGGUGCGGAGUUGGUGUGGUGCUUGUCAUCCGGCCGCCAUUAUCUCGUAUUUAAACGGAUUUGUAAAAUCAAUUAAAGUUUGCAUUGUCGUUGCGUGUUUUUAGUGUUCGGUGCAGCAAAAAUCCCUGGAAAUAUUUGAUUCGUGAUCGUUAAUCUAAAGAUUUUGUGUUGCGGAGUCGUAUGAACAGUGAUAAGUGGUACUGUUAGGUUACUGUGUGUUGGGUGCUAACGUUGUGUAGGGUGGCUCCGGUCUCGCCGGAGCGGCAGGACGCGUGUGGAGCGCAUGCAGAGGGAGCGGUGAGAGCGCGCCCGGCUCAGGGGUCGGGGCGGCCGGCGGCCAAGGAACAGGGACAGCUGCCGACAUGGGGUGCGCCCAGUCGGCCGAGGAGCGUGCGGCUGCAGCUCGCAGCCGACAGAUCGAGAGGAACCUGAAAGAGGAUGGAAUCCAGGCCUCCAAAGAUAUCAAGUUGCUCUUAUUAGGUGCCGGUGAAUCAGGCAAAAGUACUAUAGUCAAACAAAUGAAAAUUAUCCACGAAAGUGGCUUCACAAAUGAAGACUUCAAACAGUACCGGCCGGUGGUGUACAGCAACACGAUUCAGUCGCUCGUCGCCAUCUUGCGUGCUAUGCCCAACCUGGGUAUCACCUACGGCAAUAAGGACCGAGAGAGCGAUGGCAAGAUGGUGUUUGACGUGAUCCAACGGAUGGAAGACACGGAGCCGUUCAGCGAGGAGUUGCUGGCGGCGAUGAAGAGGCUCUGGGCGGACGCAGGCGUGCAGGAGUGCUUCGGUCGCUCCAACGAGUACCAGCUCAACGACUCCGCCAAAUAUUUCCUGGACGACUUGGACCGGUUAGGUGCGAGAGAUUACCAACCCACCGAGCAAGAUAUUUUAAGGACUAGAGUCAAAACCACUGGCAUCGUCGAAGUGCACUUCUCCUUCAAAAACCUUAAUUUCAAAUUGUUCGACGUGGGUGGCCAGCGGUCUGAGAGAAAGAAAUGGAUCCACUGCUUCGAGGAUGUGACCGCGAUCAUAUUCUGCGUCGCCAUGUCCGAGUACGACCAGGUGUUGCACGAGGAUGAGACAACGAACCGUAUGCAAGAGAGUCUAAAGCUGUUUGAUUCGAUCUGCAACAACAAGUGGUUCACCGACACCAGCAUCAUCCUGUUCCUCAACAAGAAGGAUCUGUUCGAGGAGAAAAUACGCAAGUCGCCGCUCACUAUAUGCUUUCCCGAGUACACGGGUGCGCAAGAAUACGGCGAGGCAGCGGCGUAUAUCCAAGCCCAAUUCGAGGCGAAGAACAAGUCUACCACGAAGGAGAUCUACUGCCACAUGACGUGCGCCACCGACACCAACAACAUCCAGUUCGUGUUCGACGCCGUGACCGACGUGAUCAUCGCCAACAACCUGCGCGGCUGCGGCCUGUACUAGACUGUACUCGAGGCGGCGUGCACCCCGCGCGCACGUCCCCGCGGCCGCGUCGCGGCUCGCUCACGCCGCAGCUACGCGUAUUAUAAUUACCUAUAUAUUUUUAUGGAAAGUAAGCUUACUGGAUAUACCGCCGAUGUGCAGAUAUCAUGUGUCACAUGGCUUGGGGCAUUGUGUAUGAUUUCGACAGCUCCCACCGACAGUGUGCGACUAGAUCCGACUAUCAGGUAGCGUUUCGUUUCCCCCUGUAAUAUAAAACCGUAGUUUGGUUAUUGCCCGGCGCUCGCGUCGGGGUCGUUUUCGAUUAAUGUGAAUUAGUGAUCUAGUGUUCAAUUCUAAAUUUUGGUGCUAGGCAUUCGGUAUAGUGUUUCGUUGGCACUCGGACGUGGUCGGUCUAGCGGCGCCUGUCGGCAGUCCGGAGCCCCGGUAACAUAUGUGCUUAUAUACUCACUCUCUUACGGACCAAACACAGAAAGGAACCAAUAUUUAGUAUUGAAUAAAACACGGUAGUGUGAUGCAUGAAUACGUUCACAGGCCUACUUAAACUGAUUACAAAACAUCAUUCCAUUAUUAAGUAUUAUAUCACUUAUAAUGAGAAAUUAUUUUUUAUAAACUUUUGAAAGCACAACUGUACCGCUCUAUGGAAUAAGACGACGUCGUUUAUGUUACGUACCUACGAGCAUAGUGUAAGCUAAGUCCCGUCAUCCAAUGUUAUUAUGUUAAGUUAGCAUCGUAUUACGCACAAAUUAUUUAUUCCAGUAAGAGCAUUCAUUUGUUACGCCAUAUAUACAAUUCUGAUUUGUUUUGUGUUCAUAUUUUUCUAUAUCAUUUUACAAUAAUCCUUAAGGUGUAGCCAUUUAAGAUCUAUUCUUGUAUUCAAUUAUUGAAAUCAUGUUAGGUAUUUAUUUUAUCUAGAGUACUUGUAUUAAACGUGGUAUAUGUAAACUUGUCAUGUUUAAUUUUAUAUUAAAAGGUAAUUAACCAAUGUUUAUGAUCAUGUUAAUCUUCGUCAUUAUUUUGUGAAGUGGCUGGAGUCUGUAAUGGUAAGGAAGUUAGCGCGGCGUGUCAUUUAUGUAAUACCUAAGCAGUUAUGUACGUGUAUUUACAGCUAGUGGUACGUUGAGGUGGGCCGAGGCUCGGGGUGGGCACAUAUAUCGCCACUGUGCCACUUCCUCGGCCCCUAGUGUCCCGACUCUGUUCAUGUAAGAUAUGUGAGUAUAUAAACUUUGUAUACACUCGCGAAUUGGCGUAAUCAAACACUAUAUAUACUAUAUAACAUAAUUUAUUAUUAAUAAUAAAAUAAAAAUCUUACUUUUAAGCAUUAGGACAGUAACUGUAUCAAUAAACAUUAAUUAAUAAUGCAAUUAGACAGUAACCUUUACUAUUGUCAUAGUUAGGUGAUUUAUUUUCAUUUUACGUUUAUGAGUAUGUAAAAAGUGAUUAAAUGAAAAUGUACGCCUACACUGUGACCGCGCGGGCCAUUCACCACGGCCACCUGCUGCGAGCUGAAGACCAAAGAUAUUGUUAAUGUUCACUGUUCCCGCCACUGCUCACUCACUCGCCCGGUGUCUAAACUCAUUCUGCUAGUGACGACGUGAUUCUAAAACAAAGCUCGCAACCCUUGUUUUACGUUUUACAAUUGAUAAAUAGUUUGUUAGAUAAAGAAAUUGCUCUUGAUCUCCGGAUCGUGAACGAAUGGUAGUGGCCCGCGGCUCGAGCGUCCGCCGCUCGCUUGUUGCUAGGUAGGUUUUUUACUGUUAUGUAACAAUAUGUGUACGUAAACUAAUAAAAAUAAUAUUAGCGCAGUUCUACAUUCAACCUACAUUUAAGUAAGCUUCACGUUACAUUUAAAAAGUUUUUUUAAUGAGUGAACGAUGUGGAUAUAAUCAUUCGAUGUCUUCAUACGAAGGCCCCAUACACGGCUGGGUCUCGGCGCGCGAGGCAGCGAGGCGGCCGAGCAGUGCCGCCCGCACCCCUCGCCACUCGCCACUCGCCAGCUCUCGACAGUUUGCAUUUGGAUGUGUUCCUCCGCCGCAGAACAUUUAACUUGUAUGCUUAUAUUUCGAGUGAAUGUGAUGUAAAUUUUGUACACUGCCGCAUUGUUUAUUCGCUCGAAUCACAUUUAGUUUAUAAGAUUUGAGACAGUGAACGAAUCGCACAAGCCACAUGUAACAUGUUUGUCUGAACACAAACAGUGCGCACAAGUACUCGAGUACAGACGUACAGACGCGAGCGCGCUCGGACGUGGUGUGCGUUGGCUUCUUAUUUGAAGACUGAAUUGUUGCGGCUCAAAUAUUCUCGCGCUUUAUUAGAUCCACAACUGGGGAAGUUAUUGCAAAGUUUUUUUAAGAGAGUAGCGUUUAGUGAUCGGGUUUGAGGCAUACGUCUUAUUCUAAUUGUGAUGUGGCAUGAGAUAAUUCGAAGACUACCUGUAUCAACACCCUACUGUUGGUAUUAGCGAAAUGAGCGACGUUCAGUAUAAUUUUUAAUAUUAACGCUGAGUAUUGUCGAGAUGUUGUCCAUCUAAAACAAUUCACCAUGCUUCAUUCAUAUUUGCCAAAGUUAAUACUAACCUCACUAUUUAUACCUACUGUAUGUUCUUCGAUAACUAAAUAGUAUGGGACUCGCGGUUGGGGCGGAGGCGCGGCGCAGCACGCCGGCGGCGGCCCGGCGCGUGUAGUGUCGUGCUCUAUGUACUGAGCGGAGUACAAUGUUGAAUAUCUUAUUUAGAAUUGAUGAACAUGUAAACAUUUAUUUCUAGCGCGUGCGAGGGAUCGCUCGGCGCGCGGCGCUCGUACCGCUCGGCCGCUCGGCUGCAGCGCGGCUCCGCCGCUGUGCCCGCACGGCGCCGAGCGAUCCCGAUUAUUGAACAAACGUUUAAGAAAGUAAAAUUUUUAGUCACUAGUGGGUAAUUUUUGAAUGUGAUUCAAUCUUAUCUUUAUUUUUCUAUAUCGAGUGACAUUCAAGUAUAAUUUCAUUGUUUUCCGACUUAUGUUUUGUAUUGCAUUUACUGAAAGCGAUGUAUUUAACCAACGAUGUAAUAAACAAUAUUUUCUCUUAUUUGUAUCUCGUCUGCACUGGUAUUUUUUAUUGAAUUUACUAUAAAUGUACUUUAAGUGUAUAAUUUUAAAUAAUUACUGAAAAUGAUUAUAUUCUAAUUUUUAUGUUCAAAUAAAA